UUGUCCGCUCAGGCUUUCCGUCGUCCGUAAAUAUGAUUGGUUGAUACGGAAUGUGAUGGUGGAUUGAAACACUGCGAAGGAGAAUCAAAAUAAAAGAUCAACAUUGCUGCAUAUGGAAACAUUGAACAAAAUCUCAGCACGUCCCCAAAAUGCCUGCGUUUCGUCAAGUGGGAGAGAAGCAGCUUCCAAACCCCGUGCUUUGCAUGGCAUGGUCUCCCAAAAGGGACCUAAUUGCCCUCGCGAACACCACCGGAGAGCUGCUGUUGCAUCGUCUGGCCAACUUCCAUCGCGUUUGGUGCUUGUCACCCAAUGAGAACACAGGGAAAGAGAUUACCGCGCUAGCUUGGAGACCAGACGGCAAAAUCUUAGCGUUUAGCCUCGGGGACACCAAGCGGGUGGUGCUAUGUGAUGCGGAAAAGGCGGAGAUCCUGCAUCUCUUCCGGGUGGAGAACCCCAUCUCCUGCAUGCAUUGGAUGGAGGUUCUGGAGGAAAACAGUGUCCUCAGUUCAUUCUACAGCUCUGAGGAUGAGUCCAAACUCUUUCUUCCCAAACUGCCAACACUUCCUAAAAGCUACAGUACCACAUCAAAGAUAUUCAGCGAGGAGAGAACAGAUGAGAUCAUGAACCUCUUAGGAGAAGUCAGACUGAACAUCCUGGUUCUUGGAGGAGGUUCUGGCGUUGUGGAGCUGUAUGCCUAUGGGAUGUACAAAAUCGCUACUCUGUCUGGGGUUCUGGGGACCAGUCGCAGCCUGUGCCUCUCCAGUGACCUCAAGUCCCUGUCUGUGAUCACAGAGGUCAAGUCUCCUGACAACCGCCUGGAGAUCUGCUACAUCCAGCUGGACACGGCUCUGCUAUCUGACUGUCUCCCCGAGGUGACGAGGAUGGCUCGUAAGUUCACCCACAUCUCGUCCCUGCUGCAGUACCUGUGUCUGUCGCUCACCUGCAUGUGUGAGGCCUGGGAGGACAUCCUCAUGCAGAUGGACGCCAGGCUCACCAAGUUCGUUCAGGAAAAGAACACCAGCACUCAGGUUCAGGAUGAGUUUCUGGAGCUGUUGCUAUGGGGACAGUCCAGUCCUGAACUUCAGGCCCUUCUAAUGAACCAGCUUACGGUGAAGGGGCUGAAGAAGCUUGGUCAUUCCAUAGAAUCCUCCUACACUAGCAUCCAGAAACUGGUCAUCAGCCACCUUCAGAGUGGUUCAGAAGCUCUUCUGUACCACCUCAGUGAGGUGAAGGGGAUGUCUCUAUGGAAACAGAAAUUCCAGCCUCUGGGUCUGGACUCGGCUGCCAUCGAAGAUGCCAUCACAGCUGUGGGUUCCUUUAUUCUAAAGGCCAAUGAAUUACUACAGGUGAUAGACAAGAGCAUGAAGAACUUCAAGGCUUUCUUCCGGUGGUUGUAUGUAGCCAUGCUGAGGAUGUCUGAAGACCACGUUCCCCCUGAACUGAACAAGAUGACCCAGAAGGACAUUGCGUUCGUGGCGGACUUCCUGUCUGAACACUUCAGUGAGAACGAAGAGCUGUUUGACCGGAAAGGGAAGUACUUCAAUGUAGAGCGAGUCGGCCAGUACCUGAAGGACGAGGAUGAGGACCUUGUGUCUCCGCCCAACACUCAGGGGAACCAAUGGCUGAAGUUCCUGCAGGAGAGCACGCACCUGAAAGAGAGCCCCCUGCUGUUCCCCACUUACCCUCAGAAGUCGCUGCACUUCGUCAAGAGGAUGAUGGAGGCCGUGAUCGAACUGUGCCUGCAGAAACCUGCGGAGGUCAUUGGGAGGUCGGUGAAGCAAGCCGCGUGUGUGUCCCUGUAUAGCAUACCUGAAAGUUCGGAAAACACCCCCCGCCUCUUUGAGCUUCCAUCACUGUGGAACGACAGGAAGUCCAACAUGCACACUGUGGUGUUCUGUAUGCCGGAGGUCUCUCCCUGCAAACUGUUCCUGCUCAGAAAACCCACUGACCCCCACAGGUCUGUUUCUAACAGUCUUAUGGCGAUAGAUCUAAGUGGUGUGUUCAUCUCCAGUGUUGAUGCAGCCCAGCCAGGAGUCCAUACCGGCCGUGUCUACAGUUGCCGCGACGCCCGUUUCUACGAUGACGAGACACUGACAGUGGUGCUGGGGGCGUGCGAGGAGGAGGAGGGAAGUGGCCGUGUCCUGGCCCAGCUCCCCCUAGGCCCCGCCCUGAGCCGCCAGGAAGACUUCAGCUGGGACCCCUCCCUGAGGUUGGACCAGCAGAGUGCCGCCAUCCCGGCGCAGGGGCUGGUGGUGGAGAGCCAGUGGAGGGGCCUGGACAGCAUGACUGCCCACUACGUAGCUGUGAACGGGAUCCGCAAAGUGGCCUGUGUGGUGAGCGCCAACCUGCGCCAUGUCCGUGUCUUCGAGAUGGACGUGGAGGAUGAGGAGGACGAAGAUCGGGGGGAGUCAACGAACACCAGUGUGGACCAGGUGGGGCUGGAUGAUUCUCUGGCUAGCCAGGGGGGGGCAGGGGCCCAGGUGGGGGCCCAGGUGGGGGCCGGGGGGCAGGAGAGGGGUGUGGGGGGAAAUGAAGAGUCUCAGCUGGAGGCUGGGGAAGCUCUGGAGAUCUCCUAG